GAGAAUAUAUCGUUGAGCAGUGGGAGCAUCGGUUCCACAAUCGGUUUAUUAAGAUCGGUAUUCUCUCUGAUAUGAAAAAAAAAGGUGUAAAAUGAAUCGGCGAGAAGAUCCACUGCUUCGGCAGCAUUGUAAUCGUCUACUCCAACUUGCCGAAACAACUAACAUCAAACCUGGACAUGGAAGUAGCAAAAGACGAGGCCAAAGAUCGUCCCACGGAUUCAGUUCAAGCAUCAAUGCCCGGACUACGCUUCAAGAUAUCGUGAGGAACGAUCCAGGAUAUACGGCUAACAUCGAACAUCUUGUUUUCCCGAAUCGUAAGGGUAGUAAUCCGAAUUUAGCUAGUCACAGUGGACCUUUAUCUUCUAAAGCUAAAGCAAACAAUCCAGGAAAUUUUAAUAACGCUUCGACGACUAAAACAAAACUCGUUGAAGUAAUCGCUCAUCCUUAUAUUCGAGGAUUAUCAGAGGAUUCGAUUACGACAAAGAAAAAACCUUUUAACGUUACCUCAUUAAACGGUAGAGCAGGAGAAGCUGCCGUAAUUACAUCAUCCAGUCAGCAACCAAAUUCGGGAUCAGCAUCUGCAAAUUUCAAACACCGUCGAUGGGUUUCGCAGCCGUCUCAAGGUUCACAGUCGUCAAAACAACAUUCGAUAGAAGAUGGGGGAAGCCACGUGGGCUCUGUGGGCGGUUCUGGAAAUACGACAUCAGUCCAACAACCUCGUCGGAUUAGUCCCGCGUCAGACCCAAAAGAAAUCAAUUCUUCAUCAACUAUUUCAAUUGGAACCAGGGAAAAAACAGAGAGGACGACAAGUGUUUCAAUUGUCCAUCUUCGUGGUACUUCUUCAGUGGAAUCCUGGGAAAGUCGACAGUCGAAUUUUUCGGGAAACCGAUCGAAGAGCUACAACCGUGCAAGUUCAAUACCAGCUUUAAAAAGGCAUGAAACACCUACGACAAGUAGUGUAACUAUUGGGAGUACGUCUUCAACGAGAAAUCAUAAUCGAUGUCAAGAGCCGCAAAAUCAACGGCGACGUGAAGCAACAAAUUCAUUUCUCUCGGGAGGUCGCAGUACGUCAGGUGAACUAUUUGUCAGUGGGAAUUGUAGUAGAGAAUUAUCUCCGGUGCGCUGGUGUGACCACGAUGUAGAUGGAGUAUAUCUCGGGAGAUCUGGGUGGGUUCAAGUUCAGCAACGGUCCCUCGAUGAGAAUCGUAAGAUCAAAUACGAAAGCAAUCCCCAAGCGAAAUGUAGCGGAAAUAGCAGUGGAGUGACUGGUACAAUCCCACUCCCACGACGAGCGACUGUAAAACUUAUAGACUAUCACUGUAGCAACAGUGAACCAGGAAAACGUUCAGAAUAUUUAAGAAGUCAUACUUUAGAUUCCCACAGGCCAGAUUUCCUGAAACUUCAUAGUACCGAAUAUGAAUCCCCCAGUGGAUGUGCUUCGCCUCGCAGUAUUCCUGAAUCUUUUUCACCACCCUCAAUAACACCAAUCAUAUCACCACCACCAGCCUUUCAAGACGCUCUUCAAAAAAGAGCAACACGCUCAUCACGAUUUAGUACUGCAUUUGGGAAGGCCCCUUUUCUUCCACGAUCUAAUGCUAUUAUCGACAGUGAUCUCAUAAGUCCACCACCUUCACCGCUGGUUAAUAAGAACUGGUGUUCAUCAACAUCAUCAUCAUCCAAAAAAACAUCUAACAUAUCCAGUAAGUCUCGAUCAAGAUGUCAGACGACGUCCCAAGUAUCCGGAAAUUCCGUUGUCGUUUUACAAUCAAAGCAAGAUAGUAAACAAUCUCGACUUGCAUCAGCCAAAUCUUUGGAAGAUCAAUCAAGUACUCGAAGAUCACAAUUUGCUCAAAGAUAUUUUGAGUCUUCAUCAUCUUCUUCAUCUUCCAUGGGAUUCCGAAGCCUUGACAGUUGUGUCAACAGAAUUGCAAUGCCCUGCUUAACAGAGAACACGGAUUCUUCAAUUGAGGGUUAUGAAGAUGGAGAUGAAGACGAUAAUCCGGAUUCAUUGUUAAAUAGAAUUUCCUCACCGGGAACCAUUUUAGACUUUUCCCCAGAUGGGAUAAUAAUAAAUCAUGAAAGAUUAUCACCCUCUGGACGGCAAUCGCGCUUAGGGCGCAGUCAACAAACCUCACGGAGGUCACCAGGUUCUUCUGAUGGGGGUAAAUUAUCUUUCGAUUCUUAUUCAUCGUCUUCAUCAUCUAUAAAUAGUAUUGAGCGGACAGAAAGAUCCCCAACACCUAAUAACUUCAAGCGCUCGAAUCAAUCCCGUCAACAGCAUCAAGGAUUUCGGGGUACUCUUGCACUGUCUCCAGAUUCACUGCAAGCUUCCAGAGUUCGGCGUUCUAAAAGUCUUCAAUUACCCGAAAAACGUUCCCCAGGAUCUACCAAUCAUCAGCAACAAUCAUCAAGAGAGCAUUAUCACGAUUCAAAUGAUUCUAAUAGAGUAGUUGUAAAAAUGAUCAACGACAAAAGUGUGGAAAGAACUAAAAAACAUUCAAUGCCAAAUCGCAAAACUCAGUCAACGGAAGAAACGGUAAACGUUGAAAUUCAUCGUGAGCCAGAAACAGUCACAGAAUAUCUUUACGGUACAAGAAGCAGACCAAUGACAAGAAAUAUUCAAUCAGGACGUUACGAUAAUCGAGAAGACAAAAUUGAUCGGCGAAGCACAACAGGCGCAUGCGACGUGUAUUUUAUUUCAGCAAAACAGCCACGUCAAAAACAGCCAGUAGUAAAUUACAAUCAGCAGCAGCAGCAGCAGCAAAAGUCAUCAAACAGACCAUCAAGAAUACUUCAACGAGGGGUAACAACUCCAAAUACAAAUUCGUCAGUCAUAUCUUCGGAGUCUAAGAUACGAUGUAAUACGAGCACGUGUAGCUUUUGGCCUCACUGUACCCAGCGGGAGACUCUGUACUCACCUAAUCUGAGUCAAACUUGUAUGAAAUUAUCUCAAAGUUAUCCGUCUCAUCGUCGACUAUCUACUGACAAUAUUAUCAAUCAUACUAGUCGAGAUCGUGACAGCGCUUGUUCUUCUCCUGCAGCUCUAGAUGUUGUCGAGGAUCGAGAUCUAAGAAAAUCUCGUCAACGAGGAGAGUAUUAUCCUCCAUUGUCGAAACACGAAGAACGUGGACCUAAAAGUGUUUUGAAACAAACUCGGAAGUCUCCUGCAAGCUCACCCAAUGAAUUAGAUCAAAUUACACGCUGGGAAUAUAGAAAUACUCAUGGUGAUACUAUAAGCCGACGUGUGUCACCAAUACAAUCAAAAACAAUUAGAAGAUCACCUAACGGUGGAGGUAAUUCAUCUGUCACUAAUUCAUCAUCCUCAAGCAGUGACAUCUGGGUGACAACCUCUGACAGAACAGUAACGAAGAGUCCAAAGAAUCCUAAGAGCAGUGGAGGAUCAACUCCUAUAGAUGAUGGAAUAACAGGAUCAUUGAAAACUCUUUUAGAUCCUCAAUCAGAUUUAUCAAGACCCGGAAGUGCACCAGCAAAAAGAGAAAAUUCUCCUGAAGAAGUAAAACAUCUUGAGCCUCAUCAAAGAUCAUCUUCUUUACCGAAAUCCUUUUUAACACAUGAAUCAAGCGCUGAUGGAGAUGAGCUGUCCUCAGCUAAACACCGUACUGAAGGCUCAAAACGAUCAACGCCAAGUACUCGGUUAAAACCUGAUGACUUGUCUUUCCCUCAUACAGCUCCUGGUUCACCAUCUCACGGCCAUCAUUCGAUUUCUCGAGAGACAUCAACAGAAAGAAGACGUAAAACUCUCGGAAUAAGUCGUAAUCAAAGACGUAUUAAAGCUUCCAGUACUCCGGCUCUUCUUGACCGAGACGAAAGUCAAUUAUGGGCAAGUAAUGUAAAUCAAUAUGUCAAUGACGAGGCACCUCGAAGACGGGAUUUGAAUACAGAGCAUCCCUUAGUAGAAGCUUCAAUUCCACUCAUACAACACCCACGACUUCAGAAAGAAUCUAGCAAUAGUAGCACACAUAAUGAAGCUCAAUCAUAUUCUUCUAAAGAUGGCUUAUCGCAGAAUCAGCACGAAAGCGUAAUUCAAAAAUUUCGAAAAAGUUUUUCAUUGAGAUUUCAUAAACGUGGAAGUAAAGAAGGAAGUACUGAAGUUGAUGGGCAUCCUAAUGUUCUUUUGCCUUCUGAAAAUGAUAGAGAUUCGUCUUCGAUAACAUGCAUCAAUGUAGAAGAUCACCGAGAAUCUAUUCCAACAAUCGAACAACAUAAAGAAGAUUAUUCCGAUCAAAAAUUUCGAUUUGGGCCACUCGUCUGGCGAACGAGUAAAGAGAGAAAAAAAAGCAAUAAAGCUGCUCGCAAUGCUAAAUGCAAUAGUGGUGACAGUGGGAUUCAAAUUGAGAUAACUGGAGGACCGUCCACUGAAGGCAAUAGUGCCGGAAAUCAUGGUGCUGGUGAUAGUUCUGAAUCACACGACACUGAUGCACCAGAUGAAACCGAUAGUCCUCCAGCUCUCCGUCGCCGAGUUAAUGAAAAAUCUCGGCCAAAGUCCGAGCUCAUUAACCAAAUACUUAUCGAUAAAUUCAAGACGGAUAUUCAACAAAAUCGUUCAUCGCGGCAAUACAACGUAAGAAGAACAAACAGUGAUCUUGGUGGCCAAAGGCUAUUUCAAUGGGAUAACAGAUCUUACGGUGGUCAGCUAUAUUACAGAAGAAUGUUGUCAACACCGUCGCCCAUUAAGUCACGACCUCCAAGGUUGAGUCCGAGACACUCCUCUCAUGACAUCGUUACACUAAGAAGUAACGCAAGAGGGAGAAACUCUCGGACAAAUUUAAGACGAUCAUUGAGUCAACCACUCGGGAUAAAUCAAUUAUCUCCAUUGAUGCGCACCAAAACUCCAGGUGUAAAAUUUCCCGGUGGUAAUGUCCUGUCAGAAGAUGAACAGGAUUUAAAAUCAGGAGGUAGCGGUGGUACUGGCGUUAUCGGAACAUCCGAUGAUGAUAUGAUGUCUGACUCAGAGUCGUCGAUUGCUUCAUUCUCAGAGGUAAAAAAAUCAUUUGAACACCCGAUGGAUGAAGAAAUUGCGAUACUCGCUGAAGCAGUUUGGGAUCAUGUAGCAAUUGAACCUGAAGAGCUGGCAUUCAGAGCUGGAGAACUCAUUGAUGUUCUUGAUACAUUAGACAAAGAUUGGUGGUGGGGUUGUUGUAGAGGAGAACACGGAUGGUUUCCCGCGGCAUUUGUCAGGUUACGAGUAAGUCAAGAAGAGACUGUAGAAGAUUGUCUGGCAGCGAUGGCUUCUGGUGCAUCAUCGAGCUCUCAAUCUAGACGAAGGACUAGUAUAUCCCUACUCUCAAAUGAACAAGUACGAAGUAGCGUAGUCCGUGAACUUGUACAAACUGAACGUGAUUUCGUAAAAGUGUUACGUGAUGUUACGGAAGGUUACAUCGCUGAAUGUCGCCGGCGCAUUGAUAUGUUUACUGAGGAUCAAAUAGAAACUAUUUUUAUAAAUAUCGAAGAUCUUCUAGAAUUUCAAACAGAAUUUCUUAAAGAUCUCGAGGCACGUAUAGAUUGGAAUGCAGCACACAAAAGCUGCGUUGCCGAAUGUUUUCUUAUUCAUCGUAACGGGUUUCGAAUGUAUUCGGAAUAUUGCAACAGUCAUCCAAUGGCAAUCGUAACGCUUCAAGAACUCUAUCGUCAUAAUCGAUACAGCAAAUUUUUUGAAGCCUGUAGAUUAAUGCGCGGCCUCAUUGAAAUUCCUCUUGACGGUUAUCUUCUCACGCCUGUUCAAAGAAUUUGCAAGUAUCCACUACAGCUUGCUGAGUUGCUUAAGUAUACCAAAGUCGAUCAUCCGGAUUAUCAUAAAAUACGGGAAGCGUUGGAUGCGAUGCGUACCGUUGCAGUUCUCAUAAAUGAACGGAAAAGACGGAUGGAAAGCUUAGAGAAGCUCGCAGCUUGGCAACUGAGAGUUGAGGGAUGGGAGGGUGAGGAUCUCAUAGAAGUAUCAUCUCAGCUGAUUUUUCAAGGUGAUGCUAUGAGAGUAACCACUGGAAUGUGGACUAAUAAUAUCACUCUCUUUUUAUUUGAUCAUCAACUUGUCUACUGUAAGAAAGACAUUCUCAAACGUGAUACGUAUGUAUAUAAAGGUCGGAUUUAUUUAGAUACCAGUGAGGUGAUUGAUGUUCCCGAUGGCAAAGACCAUCAACUUGGUGUCACUGUAAGACAUUGUCUGAAAGUCUAUAGUUGUGUGCGAGAUAAAUGGCUACUCUUUUGCUGCAGAACAGCUGAAGAUAAACGCAAGUGGCUUGCUGCGAUGGCGGAAGAACGCAGGCUCGUUGAGAAAGACCGGAAUGAUGGAUUAGAGUUUCCUGCCGCUGCAAGACAACUUGCUCGAUUAGCUGCAACGAGACAGCAACACCGCAGACCACCAUUGAAACCUCGCAAUAAAACAUAUAAGAGGGAAACAUACGAGAUGCCUGCAUUCCAAUCUAAUACAUCAAAUUCAUUGGGCCGUAAAGUCGGAACAUGGUUUACAUUCGGCAGCGGGAAGAAAGGAAUCCGAUUGCGGCCAUCUUGAGCCAGGCCUACCUUCGUACCAUACAUUGAUUUAUGAUGGAUAAAAAAAAACUUUGAUCUUUAUAACGAUAAAGUUUAUUUGUUACAAUCUACUGUAAUUUUUAUAAAAUUAGAACUUUAUGUAUGGCACGAAGGUUUGUAUACUUAACAAUAUUGCCAAAUAAUAAAAAACAUUGUUUUUAUAAUUUUUAUUAAAAAGUACCCAUAUAACAAUCUUAUAGCAAUCUUGCCCAAGCCUGAUCACUAGUACACUAGUUGUCCACGUUUUUAUAGUCUAGUCAAGAUAAAGGUUUUUGUUGGUAAAAAUUCCUGGCCAAUUUUCUCACAAAGUGAUUCCGAAUCAGCUAAAAGUACAACAUCCGAAAAAAUCCAACAAAAAUCCGCAUCUGACACAGGAUUUUGAAGUGACAGAGAUAGAAGUAUGGUAAAUAAUGAAGAAAUAUGAGACUUCUUGUACAGAUCUGGCAAGACAACAAUCUUGUUUUAGAAUCUUGCAUUAAUAUCUUAUGACAGAUUGAUAAAUAUAAAGACGUAGACAUCUAGAAGUUUUCUGCAUGAUCAGUGCAUAGACCGGCAACUUGUCAUGGAAAUUGUUAGAUGGGUAUACUCUUAAAAAGUUAUAUCAGAACUGUAGACUAUUGAUACUAUGAAACAUUUAUCGACGACGAAAUAUAUAUGACUAUAUAUUAUGACAUCGAAUGCCAAAGCUAUAUUAUAAAAAAAAUUGUAAAAUAAUUUUUUUUUAAAUACUCAUUUUAAAAAUAGAUUAUACAUAAGAAAAUAAAAAAUUAUAUUUAGAUACAUUGAUAAAUUAUAAGUAUAGAUUAUAAUAUACUUGUUUAAAUAGAGUAAGCACAAAUACGAUAAUGUAUUACUUAAUUGUUAUUUAUGCUAGGAAUUAUGAUUAUUAUAAUCAUUACUACCAGAAACCUGCAGGCAGUACGUGUCUGCUUGUGACUAUUAUAUUGUUAUAUAAAUUUUAAAUUAAUGAGAUAAAAAAAAACUCAUAUACACAAUAAGAGCUGUUACAUGUUUUUACUUUUACUCACGCAGACUUUUAGCAUCGUAUUUUUUAAAUUUUUCAUUUGUUUUCAGUUAUUUGAUUUUUCAAGUUAUAUAACUGAGUAUUGGCGAGAAGCUCGCGAUAUUUUUUUAAAUUUGUUGAAGCAAUUUAUUUUUAUUAUUUUCGAAUAUUAUUGAGCACAGUUUCAUUUUCUUGAGAUGUGCAAUAUGACAAAUAAAAAAAAAAAAACUCCUAGAUGAUUCGUACAAACGUAAAAUUCGAAUUUAUUAAAAACUACACGGAGAGAAAAAUAUGAGAAGUUUUUUAUUGUUGUUAAAUUCACAAUUUAAAAUUAAAGUCAUUUAUAAAAGACUGAAAGUGAAUGUUUCUUUUCAUGCUUGUUAUUAAUUUGCACUUAAAAACUUACAGAAAAAAUACUACGCAGUUGUUUAGCAAAUUAAUAAUGCACGCAACUAAAGAAAAAAACUAAUUAUAAAUUUUGAAGGUCAAUUCUAUAACUUAUUGCUUAUCAAAUGCAAGGUAGCACUGAGGCUCGUGAUAGCCAAUUUUUCUCUAGAUAAAACUAACAAGUAAUCGAAAAAACUAACUCUAAAAAUAUAUUAUUUAGUUAUAACUUUUUAAACAAAGCCGGAAGAAAGUGAUUUGCCACUGCCCUGAUAAUAAAUUGUGGACGAAUUUAUCGAUUUUAAAAUCGGAUAAAUAAGUGGAGUUAAUAAACGUCUUUUCGACUUUUUAUGUAGAACAAUUCAAAUAAACAUAUUUUAUAUAAACUUUGACGUAGAAAACUAAUAAAAUAAAAUAACAAUUAUAAUAUUAGAUAAAUAAUUAUCGUAGUAUAUUUUGCAUGAUAAUUAUCUUGCUCGAGACGCACAUUGUUAAUUUUUCUUUACUUUUAAAUCAAGUAGAAACUAAUUAGCAUAAGCUUGUAAGCUUUUUUAAAAGUUAUCUUAAAAUGCAACGACGAUUGUGACGAUAAUUUAUAUAUAAAUUAUCUUUGAUGACAGACACUAAGUGCACACGUAUACUGUUUCCAUGGAGGUUUUAAUACGUAUAAACGAUGACAAUAUAAUUAAUAUGAAUAUUAAAUGUUUAUCAUUUAAUAAUAACUCUAUGAAGAAGCAACCUAUUGAUAUAUAUGUAACGUCGAUAUAAGUAGUGUAGGAAGUAGAUGAAAUUAUGAUAAUAUUUGUUGCUCUGCAUAAAAGUGUUAUUUUUAUAGACAAUUUAAUUGUAAUAUUUUAUUCAAUGCUUGUACGAUUAUCCUGUUUUAUCAUAAUUGCGAAGCGAACCCUGACUUUACCUAUCGGUCUACUGUAAUAAAUGACAAGGCAAUGCAGGCUUCUAGAUUUUCUACCAGCGUGACAUAAUGAACUCAUAAUAACACUCUCUUACACUUAUUAUUGAAUAUACCAUUUUAGAUGUACUCUACUAUUAUACAAAGUCGUAACGCCAAAUAGUUUUAAAAUAACAUUUUAAGUUACAUUAAUUGAUAGUUUUGACAAAAUAUUUUCAGGGUAAAUUUUAGGACUUGAAUUUACAAGUUUUAUAAAUCAGGAUAAUCAGACAUGCGUUGAAUAAAGUGUAAUGUGUAAUGGACUAAACUACUAUCUGUAAAACGCAAUGUCUUUAGAUUAUGCGUGUAUGCCUAUGAUUCGUAAAAAAAGACAUUGCGCUUGAGGAAUAAUGGCUGACUUAGUCCACUAGUUACGUAAUGUACUAUUAAUGUAUGAUCGAUAUAUUCUUCCAAGGAUACAAAAGUGUCCGUAUAUUAUGUAUGUAUUAGUAUGGAGCAAUAUUAUUUGUAUAUUCAGGUUACUAUACAUGAAUAUUAAUGACAAUGUCAACAAUAUUAUCUAAAAUUAAAAGAUAAUUUUUUUCUUAUGCAUAUCGUAUCAAAUGGAUUCGAUCAAUAGUUAUAUAAAUACAUAAAUAUAAUUUAUAUAUAUAGGUUGUGAAUAUACAAUAACUAUUUCUUGAUAUUGUAUAUACACGUAUGGUAAUAAGUAUCAUAAAUGUAAAUAAUUUAAUUUUAGUAAAUAUUACAACCGAUUGAUAACGAAAAGUAAGGAAAAUUAAUUAGAGAAAUAUAUAAAUACCUGAGGGAAAUGAGGGAUGGGAAAAGAGAAUGAAAUGGAAAAAAGAAAGGGGUAAAAUAAUGGGUGAGGUUAAAGGCUGGUAACAAUACCAAGGGAUUACUUAUUAGAUGAUUAAUAUUAAUGAUAUUACUAUUAUUAGAUGUAAAUAACAAUAUGAUUAAAUUUAAAUAAUUAGUAUAACAUUUUAAAUUGUUGAGGACAUUAAAAAGAUAAAUUUUUUUUUUUUUGAGUUUGAUGGUAUUAGUUUACGGAACUUCCCUAGUGGCGAUAUUGAGCAUUGCUGUAUGACAAUUCAUAAUAUUUUCGAAAUCAUGGUGUAAAAAAUUGACUCAACUUUUGUAUAAAAGACGAAACAGAUUUUUUGCACUAUUGAACUUUUGAACUCUCCUCUAUCUUUUUUUCCUACACUAGAGUAUAUAUGUUAUAUACUUUUUACCAUUCUGUGAAAAAAGAAAUGACGGAGAGUAAAAAUCUGGUCUGUUUUAUUUCUGGAGGUUCCUUAGCAAGUUUAGGGCAACAUUCUAUUGCAUUGAGUAGGGUUGUAACAGAAAAAAAAAUAAUUUGUCAAUUAGAAAAAUAAAGCAUAAAAGCAAAUGAGGGACUUGUGCUAAACAAAUGUUGAAAAUUCUUGAUACAAAAAUUUUGAAUGAAAUUAAUUGUUGUUUUUUUUAAUUAAACAAAUAGUAAUGAAGUAAAAAUAUGUACGAAGCCUAAAAUAUCAUAAAAUGUGAUAACCGGUACUUAAAGCUCUGAUAAAUAAAAUUGUUGAAAAUAAUUAAAAUUUAUAAGCCAGCUUUUUUUUGAAUUAUUACUUUUUGUUCAUCUCGCCACAUGUCCUCUUGUAUUUAAAUUAUUUUCGAUAUAAGUGUAUAUAUACUUUAAUUCAUUGUAUAUUUUC